GGCAGGGGACAUUGCCACAGGGAGGAACGCCGGGGCAUGGCCAAUGAGAAGUGACGAUGGUGGCGAACGUGGACAGUGGCAGUGGUGUGUGUGAGGGGCAGGCGUGCUCUCAUGCAGCCCCCCAGCAGGUCAGAGUCGAGGCUGGGUCGUCCGAGUCCGUCGAUCGUUUGCGUGCCGGCUUGCCACCGGCCAGCCGUGGUGAGGGAAGGGGGCGAGGUGAAGGUCGCCCCGGCACAAGUGACAGCAGUGGACAAAGCGGUCGGGCAAGACAGCCGGCACAGGGAGGACGUGGCAGAGGAGGGUGCACUUCACCCUCCUCUGCGUGCGUUGCGGAGGCAAGUGGGAGUGGAAAGGACGUAGGGGGGCAGGAGACCAAUGACAACCCAACCACAGUUGAUGAAGGAAUGCGUAAAGGAAAACCUCCUACCAAAAAGAUAGUGCCUUGGACGCUGGAGGAGUGCUUGGCGUUGGCGAAAUGGCAACGUGAGGAUGACGACAUGAUGGCAGAUGCGUCCGCCAGGCACAAGUGCAUGAAGAAGGGGGAGAGACAAGAGUGGGUGUUCGAGCGCAUGAAAGAGGAAGGGAUUAUGAGGUCCGUUGACGAGUACAGGAAAAAAUGGUUUAACCAAGGACAGAAGCUGAAACUGCUUGUGGAUAAGGUGGGGCGGUCAGGCCAUCAAUCGUAUUGGGAUAUGACCGAAGAGGAGAGAGAGGCCGAAGGUCUUUAUGCCACAUUCGAUCGACGUCUUUGGCAGGGGAAGGAGUGGAUGUUGCAAAGACCGUCUGGGACGUGUGAUGAGGCGAUGAACUCGGACAUCAUGGGUGGAGGUGAAGCAGAAGGCACGAGGGGAGGUUCAAGUGACCAAGCAGGGUCAGACAGAGGAGGGUCCGACACGUCGGGAAGUAGGUCGAAGCUUAGGUGAACCAGCGGCAGCAGACUCCAUGUUGGAGAUGACCCAUCGUCUGUGUCCUCUGUGGGAGCUGCCAUGGCUGAGUCCACACGUGUGUACGUGGCGGGUUUGGAUAGAGCACGGCGACGAUUGCUCAGGCGAAUAAGGAGGGUGCGACCAUCGUCGCCGGGAGCAUUGGCGAAAUGGCGACGCAGAUAGGUGCACUCGCAUCAGCCUUGGGUGAAGGGAACGAUGUGAUGCAGCUCCUGGUUGGUGUGAUGGGUGCCCGAAAUUCGGGCGGACCGCGGAGUACCGGAGGGGUGUAGGAGCACCAAUCCUUGAAAGUGGUGGGUAGUGAAGACGCUGGUAACAAACGGUACAGGGUACA